CGCUCCACCUGCGCACACGGAGCCAUGAGGGGCCCCAUUGCUAAUUCCUGUGCUGUGCUCUGGCUUCUCAUGUUGGUGUCUGGAUCCUGGGGCCAGGUGAACCGACUGCCAUUCUUCAUCAAUCACUUCUUUGACACCUACCUGCUGAUCAGCGAGGACACACCUGUGGGUUCUUCUGUGACCCAGUUGCUGGCCCGAGACAUGGACAAUGACCCCUUGGUGUUUGGUGUGUCUGGGGAGGAGGCCUCUCGCUUCUUUGCUGUGGAACCUGACACUGGUGUGGUGUGGCUCCGGCAGCCUCUGGACAGAGAGACUAAGUCUGAGUUCACAGUGGAGUUCUCCGUGAGUGAUCACCAAGGGGUGAUCACACGGAAGGUGAAUAUCCAAGUUGGAGAUGUGAAUGACAACGCCCCCACGUUCCACAACCAGCCCUACAGUGUACGCAUCCCCGAGAACACACCAGUGGGGACGCCCAUCUUCAUCGUCAACGCCACCGAUCCUGACCUGGGUGCCGGCGGCAGUGUUCUCUACUCCUUCCAGCCCCCAUCUCAGUUCUUUGCCAUCGACAGCGCCCGAGGCAUCGUCACCGUGAUCCGGGAGCUGGACUACGAGGUCACACAGGCGUACCAGCUCACGGUCAACGCCACGGAUCAAGACAAGACCAGACCCCUGUCUACAUUAGCCAACCUGGCCAUCAUCAUCACAGAUGUGCAGGACAUGGACCCCAUCUUCAUCAACCUGCCCUACAGCACCAACAUCUACGAGCAUUCUCCUCCGGGCACUACUGUUCGGGUGAUCACUGCUGUGGACCAGGAUAAAGGGAGACCCCGGGGGAUUGGCUACACGAUUGUCUCAGGAAAUACCAACAGCAUUUUUGCCCUGGACUACAUCAGUGGGGCUCUCACCCUGAAUGGCCUGCUGGAUCGGGAGAACCCCCUGUACAGUCAUGGCUUCAUCCUGACAGUGAAGGGCACUGAGCUGAAUGAUGACCGAACCCCGUCAGAUGCCACAGUCACCACAACCUUCAACAUCCUGGUGAUUGACAUCAAUGAUAACGCCCCAGAGUUCAACAGCUCUGAGUACAGCGUGGCCAUUACUGAGCUGGCGCAGGUCGGCUUUGCCCUCCCUCUCUUCAUCCAGGUGGUGGACAAGGAUGAGAACUUGGGUCUGAACAGCAUGUUCGAGGUGUACCUGGUGGGCAACAACUCACACCACUUCAUCAUCUCCCCCACCUCCGUCCAAGGGAAAGCAGACAUCCGCAUCCGAGUGGCAAUCCCCCUGGACUAUGAGACCGUGGACCGCUAUGACUUUGACCUCUUUGCCAAUGAGAGUGUACCUGACCACGUGGGCUAUGCCAAGGUGAAGAUUACCCUCAUCAAUGAAAAUGACAACCGGCCCAUCUUCAGCCAGCCUCUCUACAAUGUCAGCCUGUACGAGAACAUCACCGUGGGGACCUCUGUGCUGACAGUCCUGGCAACCGACAAUGAUGUGGGCACCUUUGGGGAAGUCAACUACUUCUUCAGUGAUGACCCUGACAGGUUCUCACUGGACAAGGACACGGGGCUCAUCGUGCUCAUAGCUCGGCUGGACUACGAACUUAUCCAGCGCUUCACCUUGACUGUCAUCGCCCGGGAUGGAGGUGGUGAGGAGACCACAGGCCGGGUCCGAAUCAAUGUGCUAGAUGUCAAUGACAAUGUGCCCACCUUCCAGAAGGAUGCCUAUGUGGGUGCCCUGAGGGAGAAUGAGCCAUCUGUCACGCAGCUGGUGCGGCUCAGGGCAACAGAUGAAGACUCCCCUCCCAACAACCAGAUUACCUACAGCAUCGUCAACGCAUCCGCCUUCGGCAGCUACUUCGACAUCAGUGUCUAUGAAGGCUAUGGAGUGAUCAGCGUGAGCCGCCCACUGGAUUACGAGCAGAUACCCAAUGGACUGAUAUACCUAACAGUCAUGGCCAAGGAUGCUGGCAGCCCGCCUCUCUACAGCACUGUCCCUGUCACCAUUGAGGUGUUUGAUGAGAAUGACAACCCCCCUACCUUCAGCAAGCCUGCCUACUUCGUUUCCGUGGUGGAGAACAUCAUGGCAGGAGCCACAGUGCUGUUCCUAAAUGCCACGGACCUGGACCGCUCACGGGAGUACGGGCAGGAAUCCAUCAUCUACUCACUGGAAGGGUCCUCGCAGUUCCGCAUCAAUGCCCGCUCUGGAGAAAUCACCACCACAUCUCUGCUGGACCGAGAGACCAAAUCUGAAUACAUCCUCAUUGUGCGGGCUGUGGAUGGGGGCGUGGGCCACAACCAGAAAACUGGCAUUGCCACCGUGAACGUCACCCUCCUGGACAUCAAUGACAACCACCCUACCUGGAAGGAUGCUCCCUACCACAUCAACCUGGUGGAGAUGACCCCUCCGGACUCUGACGUGACCACGGUGGUGGCUGUGGACCCAGAUCUGGGGGAGAAUGGCACCCUGGUAUACAGCAUCCAGCCCCCCAAUAAGUUCUAUAGUCUGAACAGCACCACAGGCAAGAUUCGCACCACCCACGUCAUGCUGGACCGCGAGAACCCCGACCCCGUGGAAGCUGAGCUCAUGCGCAAGAUCAUUGUCUCUGUCACCGACUGUGGCAGACCCCCUCUGAAGGCCACCAGCAGCGCUACGGUCUUUGUGAACCUCUUGGAUCUCAAUGACAAUGACCCCACCUUCCAGAACCUGCCUUUUGUAGCUGAGGUUCUGGAGGGCACCCCAGCAGGGGUCUCUGUCUACCAAGUGGUGGCCGUCGAUCUGGACGAGGGCCUGAAUGGGCUGGUGGCCUAUCGCAUGCAGGUGGGCUUGCCCCGCAUGGACUUUGUCAUCAACAGCACCAGUGGUGUGGUCACGACCACAGCGGAGUUGGACCGUGAACGUAUCGCCGAGUACCAGCUGCGGGUGGUGGCCAGCGACGCAGGCACACCUACCAAGAGCUCCACCAGCACGCUCACCAUCCUCGUGUUGGACGUGAACGAUGAGACGCCCACCUUCUUCCCUGCUGUUUACAAUGUGUCCGUGUCUGAGGACGUCCCCCGCGAGUUCCGUGUGGUCUGGCUGAACUGCACAGACAAUGACGUGGGCCUCAAUGCAGAGCUCAGCUAUUUCAUCACAGGGGGAAAUGUGGACGGGAAGUUCAGUGUAGGCUACCGGGAUGCUGUGGUGAGAACAGUCGUCGGCCUGGACCGUGAGACCACUGCUUCUUACACGCUCGUGCUGGAGGCCAUCGACAAUGGCCCUGUAGGCAAGCGACGCACAGGUACGGCCACCGUGUUUGUCACCGUUCUGGAUGUGAAUGACAACCGGCCCAUCUUUCUGCAAAGCAGCUAUGAAGCCAGCGUCCCAGAAGAUAUCCCAGAGGGUCACAGCAUCGUGCAGCUGAAAGCCACGGAUGCAGAUGAGGGCGAGUUUGGGCGCGUCUGGUACCGCAUUCUCCAUGGUAACCAUGGCAACAACUUCCGGAUCCACAUCAGCAGCGGGCUCCUGGUGCGAGGCCCUCGGCCCCUGGACAGAGAGCGGAACUCCUCCCAUGUGCUGAUGGUGGAGGCCUACAACCAUGACCUAGGCCCCAUGCGGAGCACUGUCAGGGUGAUCGUGUAUGUGGAAGAUGUCAACGAUGAGGCCCCCAUGUUCACACAGCAGCAGUAUAACCGCCUGGGCCUUCGAGAGACAGCAGGCAUCGGCACCUCCGUCAUCGUCGUCCGAGCCACCGACAGAGACACUGGGGACGGUGGCCUGGUGAACUACCGCAUCCUGUCUGGCGCCGAGGGCAAGUUUGAGAUUGACGAGAGCACAGGACUCAUCGUGACGGUGGACUAUCUGGACUACGAGACCAAGACCAGUUACCUGAUGAAUGUGUCCGCCACAGACCGUGCGCCCCCCUUCAAUCAGGGCUUCUGCAGCGUCUAUGUGACGCUUCUCAAUGAGCUGGAUGAGGCUGUUCAGUUCUCCAAUGCCUCCUAUGAAGCAGUCAUCAUGGAGAACCUCGCUCUGGGCACAGAGAUUGUGCGGGUUCAAGCCUAUUCCAUCGAUAACCUCAACCAAAUCACCUACCGCUUUGAUGCCUAUACCAGUGCCCAGGCCAAAGCCCUCUUCAAGAUAGAUGCCGUCACGGGUGUGAUCACAGUCAAAGGCUUGGUUGACAGGGAGAAAGGUGACUUCUACACACUGACAGUGGUGGCAGAUGACGGUGGCCCCAAGAUGGACUCUACUGUGGUGAGUGGGUCCUGGGUGAGAGCCCCACUCAACUGCAACCCUGUCCGGACCCAGAGUCUCCCCAGCACCUGA